UUGAGAGUUGAUAGUUGUUUGUUCGUAAUGUGAGUGUGGUCGACACUAUGUCACCCGUUCAUUAAGUACGACAUAAAACUGUAUGCAAAAUUAAUUUAUUAUUUCAUACGCGUCGGUUGUCAAACUAAUCAUCCUUAAAGACAAGCAUCACGUUAAUUCUUGUUAAUUUAUAUUUUUUAGUAAAGUUUAAUAAUGAAGGUAAUUAGUCAAGGCAUUUAUAAAACACUGAAUAUUAAUUUUUUACAAUAAUAAAACACAAUUGAAUAAUUAUUUUAUUGCAUUAUAAUGGCAACAAACAACAUCUGUCCAUCCUGCGCGAGUGUGCGCGGCGCGGAGAAAAUUUAAGAAAAAAUAAAAAAAGAAAAGAAAUGGCAGUUACUAGAGAGAAAGAAAAUUGUUCAAGAAAAAUUAAUGGAAGUAUACCUGCAUUAUCGCUUAAUAGUGAUAAUAUGUCGACAUCGACCGACAGUGACGACGUAGCGGACCCUACAUAUGAAAUUAGGAACAUUCGUAGUAUUAUAAACGUGACCCGUGAAAACAUUGAUGCAUUGAACGCAAAAUUUGCUGGUUUCCAGCACCCGCCGCCGUUGUAUUUAUCCGAAUAUCAGGAGUUGACGUUGAAGUUGCAUAACUUAGAAGGGACUUUACGAGAAUUGUUGCAAUCUGAGUCGCCGGAUAGGAGUGAAGAGUGUUCUUUACAGGAUGACUCGAAGAAGUACGACACGCUUACGAGGCAGCCGAAGGUGUUCCUUCGGGCGCACCUUCCCAACCAGCAGCGUACGAGUGUGCAGGUGAAGGAAGGUGUGACGCUUCGGGAGGCGCUCUCGAAAGCGCUCAAGCUACGGAAUUUAACUUGUGAAAUGUGCGAAGUGGUGAGGACAGGCAAUAGCCAAGUGAUUCCCUGGGAUGUUGACAUUACUAUGAUUGACGCCGAGGAGGUCACAGUGCGCACAUUGGACAAGCUGCCGAUAAUGUCUCACAUCUCACACCAGUUUACACGGAAGACAUUCUUCACACUGGCAUUCUGUGAGUGCUGCAGGCGGCUGCUGUUUAAUGGAUUUUACUGCUCCCAGUGCAAUUUCAAGUUCCAUCAGCGCUGUGCUGACAAAGUACCCAGUAUAUGUCACCAGAUGCGUGUGACGGACACAUAUUACGCGGCGCUGCUGGCACAGAACCCGGAGACGCAGGCGGGCAUCUUGCACUACCCCUCGCACUUUGGCUACCAUCACAUGAUAAACCGGCCAGAUCAGAGCAAGUCUGUCUCUAAGAAGCUGAAGGAGUUUGACACUCACUGGUCGCAACAUCCUCGCUCAUUGAAUCCACAGGACCGCUCCAAUUCAGCCCCCAAUGUGUGCAUCAAUAUGGUACAACGUCCAAUAACCCUCGCUGAACACCAGAGGAAAAACAAUCAGAGCAACAACUCACCGCAGUCCAACAAGUACCUGACAUCGGGCAGACACAACAAAGAGGACAAAGACAAGGGUACAGAUCAGCAAAGUCACAGCACACAGGCCUCACCGACGGGCACGUUGAGGCCGCGACGUGCGCGAGCGCGCUCUGCAGACGAGUCGUGGAAACACGCGCUGUCGCCGCGAGAGAGCUACGACGACUGGGUCAUACAUGCAGACGAGAUACUCAUCGGACCUCGCAUAGGUUCGGGCAGCUUCGGGACAGUGUACAAGGCGCACUGGCAUGGACCUGUUGCUGUCAAGACGCUCAAUGUAAAGACGCCCACUCCUGCGCAGCUGCAGGCAUUCAAAAAUGAGGUGGCGGUGCUGCGUAAGACUCGGCACUGCAACAUCCUGCUGUUCAUGGGAUGUGUGUCGAAGCCUUCGCUGGCGAUCGUGACGCAAUGGUGCGAGGGCUCCUCCCUGUACCAGCAUCUGCAUGUGCUGGAGACACCGCUGCCCGUCCUCUAUCUCAUUGACGUGGCGCGUCAGACCGCACAGGGCAUGGACUAUCUUCAUGCCAAGAAUAUUAUACAUAGGGACCUGAAAUCAAAUAACAUAUUCUUGAGGGACGACUGGUCGGUCAAGAUCGGGGACUUCGGUCUGGCGACCGCCAAGGUGCGCUGGUCAGAGUGUUCACUGGCGGGUGGUGUACAGUGGCAGCAGCCGACUGGGUCUAUCCUGUGGAUGGCGCCCGAGGUGAUCCGCAUGGAGGAGCCGGCGCCCUACACCUUCCGCUCCGAUGUGUACGCGUACGGUGUCGUGCUGUACGAGCUCAUGGCCGGCGAGUUACCAUACGCACAUCUCAACAACAAAGACCAGAUCCUAUGGAUGGUGGGUCGCGGACUGCUGCGGCCGGACCUGCGCCGGCUGCGUCAGGACUCGCCGCAAGCUCUGAAGCGGCUGCUGGAGGACUGCAUCAAGUUCGAUCGCGAGCAGCGGCCGCAGUUCCGUCAGAUCCUGGCCGCGCUGGAGGCCAUGCUGCGAGCCAUGCCCAAGAUCACACGCAGCGCCUCCGAGCCCAGCGUCAGCAGACACCUGCACGCCGCAGACGGUGCUGAUGACUACCUCGCCUACAGCUGCGCCUCGCCCAAGACGCCCGUCAACUUCCAGUUCAACAACGACACCAGCUUCCCCGCUUUCUAUGGAAUCCCUGUGCCAAACCAGCGCCAUCCUUAGUGCUUGGUGGUGGGCUACGAAUAGCCCCCGCCCCUCAACCUGGGAGACUCCGCCCCGGGAGACUCCGCCCAGGAGACUCCGCCUUUGCCAUCGUGCCGCAGCGCUACAGUGUCAAUUCAGAUCCUUUCCUCUGUUCUGUGUGAUGAAACUAUAGUGUUUGUGAACUUACGACCCUUGUUGCUUGUUGGGUACAAAUAUUCAUUCAUUUUCAACAAAUUGUCUUAAAUCUGUAUGUUUUGUUAAACUCCUUGUUUGGAUGCAUUUUGCGAAAUCAUCAACAAGUAUCAAGAUUAUCGGUUGACAUUUAAUUGUAACAAUUAUGUUUUGAUAUACUUGAGUUGGAGGAAUUAUUUGAUGGAAUCCCAAGUAAUAAAAAAGCAGUUUGGUU